UGACGCAACAUCUCAGACCGUAGCCUUUACGUGCUGCGUUGUUUUGUACGCUGGUUUUGAAGUUAGCCGUGGGCUGCUAACGCUGGCUGGUUAACGUAAGAGUUAGUGACGUUUGGUCUUAACGGUCUAGGUAUACAUGCUCUGGAUAUUGAGACGGUGUUUUUCAAGUUCAAAAUCCGCCUUUUGUUUCGACUGAUUCGCAGUUUUUCGUUGAAGAAAACGUUAUUAGCUUAGCAGGCUAACAGGGGCUACAAUGGAGGGCAGCGCCAGCGUGAGGAGAGCCUUGUGCGGGACUCUCGUCCCUGUAACAGUAUCAACAAUGGCUCUCCUACAACAACCCGAAGAGAACGACAAGGGCAAGCUGCACAGAAAGGUCCUCGACGAAGAGGAGUACAUUGAGAGUUUAGAAAAGAUCAUCCAGAGGGACUUCUUCCCAGAUGUUACCAAGUUACAGGCGCAGAAGGACUACCUUGAUGCGGAGGAAACCGGUGACCUAGAAAGAAUGAGAGAGAUAUCCAUCAGAUAUGGAUCAUCUUUGAAUAAAUCGACACCACGAUCUACUGCACCCUAUGUGACACCAGCAAGCUUUGAGACGCCAUUGGGCCGCUCGGGGUCUCCCUCUUCCAUUCAUGGCAGUAAAAGUUUAGACGGUGAGAGCAGGAAUGAUGAGAAGAAAGAGAAGGAGCUCCCGUGUCUCGAUCGCUUCCUUGAUAAAAAUACCAGUGAGGAUAAUGCAUCAUUUGAGCAGAUAAUGGAUCUGGCAGAGGACAAGGAGAGGCUGAAGCAUUCCUGGCUAUAUGAGGCUGAGGCUGAAUACAAACAGCGCCGCGAAGAGAACCUUGCGUUGCCAUCCGCAGAGAAAGCAGCACUUGAAUGUGUCAAGGCUGGACUUGAGACCUGGGAGUACAAAGCAAAGAAUGCAUUGAUGUAUUAUCCAGAGGGUGUGAAAGACGACGAAGCUCUUUUUAAGAAGCCACGGGAGGUAGUUCACAAGAACACACGCUUUGUUGGAGACCCAUUCAGCAAAGCUCUCAACAAAAGCCAGAUUCAGCAGGCUGCAGCUCUCAAUGCACAGUUCAAACAGGGUAAAGUCGGACCUGAUGGGAAGGAGCUCAUCCCACAUGAAUCCCCAACAGUGAAUGGAUAUGGUUUCGAAAGUAUGCCGUCCCCAGCACCUGGUGUAGCUGAGUCGCCUCUGAUGACCUGGGGAGAGAUUGAGAGCACCCCAUUUCGUCUGGAUGGAUCAGACAGCCCGUUUGUCGAGAGAAAUCACGGCCCGUCAUUUAAGAUUCCAGAACCUGGAAGACGAGAGCGGCUGGGUUUAAAGAUGGCCAACGAAGCCGCCGCCAAAAACCGUGCAAAGAAACAGGAAGCUUUGCGAAAGGUCACAGAGAACCUUGCGAGUCUUACUCCAAAAGGCCUGAGCCCAGCCCUCACCCCUGCCCUGCAGAGGCUCGUAAAUCGGACAUCCAGCAAGUACACGGACAAGGCAUUGCGGGCGAGUUACACGCCGUCGCCCUCGCAUCAAGUCCCCGGCUGCAAGUCUCCGUUCGGUGGCCCCGCCACGCCAUCGGGAACGCCGACGCCAAACAAAGUCAAGACGCCGAGCUCUCAGGACCUCACGUCGCUGACAGACGACCUGCUGCAGCUUCCCAAGAGACGGAAAGCCGCUGACUUCUUUUAAGCAAGAGACGCUGUUCUCUGCUGGGAUUGUACAAAAUAGACAUGAUAAUUAGUGAGGAAGACUAACUGUUCUGACCCACUUUCCUCCAAUUAAUACGUUUUAGUUGGGUGAGUGGAUAAAGAAAUGCCCAUAGAAAUGAAGAAUAUUUCAUAAUUUGCUCUAUUUUUGAGCAGAUGGGUCUAUAUAGAUUCCUGCUAAAUACAGUGUCCUAAUUAUACUAUAUAACUUGGUUGUCUUAUUUGUUUUAUUCUCUUUUGUCCUGUUGUGUUGUUUCAUAUAUAUUUGUACAAUACACUUUCCACAAACAAAUGUUUGGUAUUAGGAACAAACAGCAACCUAUUCAAUAUUUAAGAAUUUCAUCCAAAAGCCAUCACCCAGCUCUCCAUACAUUUCAGUGUCUCUUCAUCAUAGAAAUUACUUCAGCCCAACAUCAAACAAUUGUGUUGGUGUUUAUAAUUUUAAAAAGUUCAGUUAGACAUCUCACCUAUAUGUCAACAAUUUUUCUUGUGGCUCUAGUAGAGGAGAAAAUGUGGAGGCAGAGCUGGGCUCAACAUUAUGAAUUUGUACCACCUUUUUUUUAAGCCUUUAAAUAAAACUGGAAAUACACAGAAAAAGGUCUACAAAAGAAUAUCACACCAUUACAUAUUUGCUAGCUGUUAUCUUUUCUACCUUCUACUUGUGUUUAUAUGUAUAAAUACGCUGUACUUUUAUGCCUCAUUCUUUCAAGAAACCUUCAUGCGAAGGCCUUGUCACGCUAUUAUUUCUUUGUAUGGUUGAUGUUUAAACAUUUGGGGUUAUAGAUGUAUUGUUGCAUCGUCAGGGAAGUCCAAUCCUUAAAAAUAACUUGAAUUGGCUUGCUUUUAUAAUAUAUCCCUGCUUAACUGGAUCGAUGAACGAUAAUACUGAAAAUAAAUGUGUGACCUUGAGGUAAA